AUGGCUCAAGAUCCACAAUAUCGAACGAUAGAACUGGCAAUACUGCGAACAUGGAAGCAGAUUCUGCGCGAAGGGAAUGAAACAAUCUACUCUAAAAAUGUGUUCAGGUUCAGUGAGCCGAAGCAAGUGUUUCGAUUUAUGAGACAGAUUGGCCCUACCAAUGUCAAGUUCUUGCACUCAUUGGACAUCUGGGCACCAUGGACGGCUGAGCUUUCGCCGUGGGUGAUAUUGUUCAGAAAGUUGUCUAAGGAAGCCACUAUUCUUCAAAAUAUGAAGCUUGGAUGGGGCGCAGACAGCGACAGCGAACUUCCUUGGGCAGAGCCUGACGAUAAUGAUGAGACCCGUUUUCUGAUUGACAUUAUGAACGAGAAGAACGUGCGCCAACUCAGGGAGUAUCAGGAGGGGACUGAAAAUCUGAUUCCAUAG